UUUUGUGAAUUUGCGUGUUCUGGGGUUUUCCACACGAAAACACACACGUGAUUGCUCGAUUUGAUCGAUUAAUUGGUUUAAAGUUACUAAGAACUCUUUGCUCUGUAUCAGUAACGCGUGGAUUAAAAACUCAUUAAAGAUUUAGCGCCUGUCGUCUCAUUAUCGAUUACCAUUGGUCGAUAUAAACCUAAUUUUCCGAACUUUUGGGUCCAGUUGAUCGAACAUUCUCCAGCUCCGGUUAAUUGAGCCCAGAAAAAAUGACGUUUUCCAGUGUUGCCGCAUUGGGAUUUUUCCUGAUCGUUGCUGCCAAUGGCGCUCCAUCAGCCAGUCUCUACAAGAGCGUCGACUGCUCCAAUCCGACCAAUCAGGUCAUUUUACACCCUCACCCUACCAGCUGCUCGCAUUAUCUGCAAUGCAACCAUGGCACGCCACUGGAGCGCCCAUGUGCCCCCGGCACCGAGUUCAGCCCUUCUAUUGGUGUGUGCGUCCAUCCAUGGCAGUCGGACUGCACUGCUGAGGACUCAGUAGAAGAUGAAGAAGAUUCAGAAGAACCAGAAGAACCAGAAGCACCAGAAGCUGAACUGGAGGAAGAGGAGGAAGUCGAGGAAACAACGCCGCAAGGGUCACUUGAGGACGAAGAGGUGGAGGAAGGAAAUGGGAUAAAAGGCGCUUCAGAGGCAGAAUCCGAAGAAGCAGCGCAGCCAAGCUCAGAAGAGGUGGAACCAGCUGAAGACGAAGCUGCUUCAGAGGAGGGCGAGCCUGAGGCGAUUUCGCCUGAAGUGACCUGCCAAUCCAGAGCAGACAGUUUCUUCCUGGCUGAAUACCCGGCUGAUUGCACAACCUACGUGAUCUGCAACUUUGGCCAAGCGGUGCUCAGAAGCUGCUCAGACGGCGAAUACUUCAACCCCAGCAUCUCCACCUGCACCGUUGACGGCUCACAUUGUGCCUAAUUUUCAUUUGAUAAUAUAGGAACUCAUUGAAGUAGCA